GACUGACAAGAGGUGAUUUUGCAGUUAUAUUUUUUAACGAAGGGCCAUUAAAAUAAAAUAAACCGUACGGUAAGCUUAUACUUCAAUAAAUUCCCAUCACUCUAUUACGCCAUAAAUUGCGACAAUUUUUUCGCCGGUGAAAGUAUCUCCACAUAUAUCCUAUGUAACUGACGACAUGGGGAAUAAAUCGACCAAGCAAAAGUGCUUAGGAGCUGCCGAACAAGGGCUACACGACGUGGAAAUCUGCGGCAACAGUAUGAACUCUGUUGUGAGUAAUCCUUACAUAUUAUCCAAAAUAAUGACCUUCCUGGACAUACCGUCCCUCAAAUCGUGCCGUCUCGUGAAUAAAUACUGGUCAGACGAAGCAACCCGUCAGCUGAAAAGUAGAGCCAUUACAAAAAUAGUUUUUUGGCCUGAUGAACUCCAACACAACAGGAAAACAAAGAAAGCAAGGUUUUCCGAUUACUUGCGUCGCUCAUUUGUUUGUCAAAAUGUCCAUUGUGUUAUGGACGCAGAACCGAACAGUUCCACUUUACUACUGUUCUUAAAGAAAUUUGGACUUCAAGUCAGGAAUUUGUCUACCAAUUCAACACGAAAUUUAAAAAUCUGGCUAGAACACUCACCAAAUUUGACUUCUGUUCACAUACACACAUCAGAAUUGGACGACCUUUUUCCAAAAGAUGAGCCUCCAUUCUGUCAAAUUAAAGAUUUAUUUUUUUCCUUUUAUGGCUUCUCAGACUCGUGGUCGAUUCCUAUUGCUAACCAAAUGAUCCAUUAUUUUCCAAAUUUGGAAAGAUUAUCCCUGAAAAUAAGCGACUAUGAUUACGACUGCAAGUAUAUACCGGACCCGCUAAAAGGUAUCGCACUGCAGGGAAAAAAUUGGUCCCCAAACUUGCACAGCCUGAACAUCCUUUCGAAUCAUGGUUUUGGCCCGAAAUUGAUUUUAUUCGCGAAUUUGGGGAGCAAAUGGAGAAAUAUACGAAUAGGUCACGUGCUACUUGAGCGUCGCGACGAUGUGGAAAGAUUCGAAGGUUUUUUGGACAAGAGUAAGGAAACCUUGCAAGAACUGGAGUUCCAACUUACAUCUGCUGCGUGUAGCCUGGUGUUGCCACGUUUCUCGAAAUUGAGAAAAUUGGAAAUUCAAUUUAACUUGCAUUCCCCCAAAAUUGAAACCUUUCUGUACUCUGAAAAAUUCCCAGUGUUAGAGCAUUUUAGUUAUGAAGACAAGUCAGAAUUUAAUCGGCCCUUGUUGCAAAUUUUUUUCCCAGCUGAAGGCCAGAUUUGUAGGACGAUUAAAACAUUAUCCGUUCAACUUCAUAGACAUAAUGUUGCAAAGGAGUUGCCCCAUUUGGAAAAAUUGUUUCCGAUGGCUGAUUUUCUUUAAAUAUUUAAAGAACCUAACGAUAUUCACUUUUGGGUGCGUUUUCCACAUUACUUUUGCAAUCUUCAUUUUUUAGAAAAACAUACACGGUGACUGGAUUGGUCUAUGAUUUAUCGAAUCUUAACUAAAUAUACUUUAGAAUGCAGAAGACCUGCCAAUAAAAUUAUUUUUGAAACCUAA